CACUUCUUUUGCGCUCCUUGCUUCCGCUUGUAGUGGGAGUGGGAGUGGCCGAGUGGGAGAAGGGAAGAGAUGAGCAGCAGUGAGGCUAGCACGCAAGACCAUGGCGUGCCGGCGCUCGAGGCGCAGGAUAGCACGGAUGACCAUGGCGUGCCCGCGCUCGAGGCGCCCACGCCCGAGGCUACGGACAAGGUACUGGCCGCCAUGGCGCGACUGGCGCGACGUCGGAGGCUGGAGCUAAGGCGGCUGGGGCGCACUGCACCCGUGGGGGCGGAGGGAGAGGUGGCGAUGCGGGUGCGUCCGGUGUCGGGCACCUCCGCGGACACGUCCCGCGAGUCGGCGAAGGUGGCGCCCGAGCCGCAUGAAGGGGCUUCUGCGGUGGCGGGGUGGCCCAAGCCCGUGUCGCACGGCGCGGUGUCGGUGAUCGGGCGGCGGCGGGAGAUGGAGGACGCGGUCGCCGUCGCCGUGCCGUUCCUGGUGGCCGCGGCGGGGGAGGAGGGGGACGGCGGCGGGGAGAAGGAGGCUGAGAUGGAGUUCUUCGCGGUGUACGACGGGCACGGCGGGUCACGGGUGGCGGACGCGUGCCGGGAGCGGCUGCACGUGGUGCUCGCGGAGGAGGUGGCGCGUCUGCACCUUGUGAAGGGCGGCGACGGCGCGCGCUGGAGGGAGGUCAUGGAGGCCUGCUUCGCCCGCGUGGACGGUGAGGUCGCCGUCGUCGAGGGCGAGGUGAACAACGCCGGCCACACGGUGGGCUCCACCGCCGUCGUGGCCGUCGUGGGGCCCCGUCACAUCGUGGUCGCGAACUGCGGCGACUCCCGCGCCGUGCUCUCCCGCGGCGGCGUCCCCGUGCCGCUGUCUUCCGACCACAAGCCAGAUAGGCCUGAUGAGUUGGAAAGGGUAGAAUCAGCGGGCGGCAGGGUCAUCAACUGGAAGGGGUACCGUGUCCUGGGGGUGCUUGCGACGUCAAGGUCAAUUGGCGACUACUACAUGAAGCCAUUCAUAUCAGCUGAACCAGAGGUGACCGUUACGGAGCGUACGCACAAAGACGAGUUCAUCAUCCUGGGGAGCGACGGGCUGUGGGACGUCAUGUCCAACGAGGUGGCUUGCAAGGUGGCGAGGAACUGCUUGUGCGGGCGCGCGGCUUCCAAGUACCCUGAAACCGUCCACGGGAGCUCGGCCAGCGAUGCCGCCGCGGUGCUGGUGGAGUUCGCCAUGGCGCGGGGCAGCACCGACAACAUCAGCGUCGUGGUGGUGGAGCUGAAACGUCUGAAGUGGAAGGGUGGUAGACAGAAUGGUAGGACGUAGUCUGUAGGAGCCUCCGGCUCGUCGCGAAAUAUAAGCGUGUCGACAGAGCCAGAGAGGCAAAGGGAAGCAGCCGAGCGUAUGACGGAAUGCUGUAAAAAAAAAAAAAAACAGAGAGAGGGCUCUGACUCUUUGAGAGCUGCACUUGUGUUGUGACCGCUGUAUUGCGUUGGUUACUUGGUUCUUUAGUUCAAUACUAACAAAAUGGCAUUCCGGCCAAUGGAAGUAGCAGGAA